AUGUCGCCAGCCGCCACCAAGCCCCCCGCAUCAGAGUUGAUGGCUGCCGCGCGCCGCGCGCGCGACGAGACCAUCCCCGCGCCAUACCGUCUCCCAAAGAACUUUGAGUUGCCGAAGAACGCAACCCUCAUCCUUGAGAGUAGCGGUCUCCUCUCCCCCGACGAGAAGGACAUUAUCAACCUCGAUGCAACGGGCCUCGCCGCCGCCAUCAAGGACGGUACCUACACUUCGGUCCAGGCGACCACGGCUUAUCUCAAGGCCGCAUCGCUUGCUCAGCAAGGAACCAACUGCCUCGUUGAGAUGUUUGCCGACGAGGCGCUGGAGCGCGCGGCUGUCCUCGAUGCCGCUCAGGCAGCUGGCCAACCUCUGGGAAUCCUCCACGGUGUUCCUGUUUCGAUCAAGGACCAUAUCGAUGUAGAGGGACACGAUAGCCCGUCGGGCUUCCUCGGUCUCGUGGGCAAGAUGAUGGCUGCGUCCGACGCACACAUGGUGUCUAUCCUCCGUGACGCCGGCGCCGUCUUCUACUGCAAGACGACCAAUCCCCAGAGCCUGAUGCACCUCGAGACAGAAGGAUACUUGGGUAUCACAGCUAGCCCUUACAACACCGACCUGACUGCUGGCGGCUCGAGCGGAGGCGAGGGGGCUCUCAUUGGCAUGAAGGGCUCGCCAUUCGGAAUCGGUACUGAUAUUGGUGGAUCUGUCCGUUCGCCUGCGGCCGCAUGUGGCAUCUACUCGUUCAAGCCUUCGGUUGGGCGUCUCCCAUACGGAGGAUGCAAUGUCCCAAUUGGUCCUGCUGGUUGUGAGGCCAUUUUGGGCUCGCAUGGACCAAUGGGCCGCAGUGCACGCGAUAUGGAGACGUACAUGCGCCUUGUUUCGGCCAGCGAGCCAUGGCGCGUCGACCCGACGCUGCACGUCAAGCCCUGGCGCGUGGUCAAGGCUAAGCCUGGACGUAAGCUUCGUGUCGGCGUGCUGCGCGACGAUGGGGUUGUGUUGCCUGUUGCGCCGAUUCGUCGCGCCCUCGACACUGCCGUUGACAAGCUCAAGGCCACUGGCGACUUUGAAAUUGUAGAGUACACUCCUUUCAAGAGUGCCGAGAACUGGGACAUCAUCUCCAAGCUGUACUGGCUCGACAACGGCAAGCUCGUUUACGAGCAGAUUGCCGUUACUGACGAGCCAGUCGUCCCCCUUACCGACUGGAUUAUCCAGCAGGCCGGCGGCGUCGACCGCACAAAGGACGAGACUUAUGCGCUCGUCGCUAAGCGUGACGCCUUCCGCUCAGAGUUAGCCCAGUACUGGCACGAGCAGGACGUCGACGUCGUCCUCACUCCUGUUGGACCUUCGCCGGCACCCCAGCACGGCACGGCCAAGUACUGGAACUAUACGUCGUACUGGAACCUCGCCAACUACCCUGCGGCAGUAUUCCCAACUGGCAUGUUCGUCGACCCUGCCAUCGACCAGGAGGACGCUGGGUACACUCCCCGCAACGACAAGGACAAGUACGUACGCGACACAUACGACGCACAAGUGUCUGUUGGCGCUCCCCUCUGCCUCCAGGUGGUCGGAUACCUCGGGUACGAGGAGGAGACACUGGACGCGCUCAAGAAGAUUGACGCGGUUGUGAAUGCGUAG